GUCUAUAAAUCCCGGCGCGUCGUCUCCCACCGCCGGCUCGACAAGCAAGCUUCUUCUACCCCUCUUCGAGCUCCAGCACAGUCACCAGCCACAGACCACAGCAGAGCUCCAGAUGGAGGAGGGGAAUCACACAUCCUCUGCCUCCGGCAUCUACGACUCCGCCGCAGCUCCAGCCGCCGCGCCGCUCCCGUUCGACGCGGCCGAUGGCGCCGACGACAUGCUCCUGCUGCUCGACGCCUUCCUCCUCGGCACGGACGCCGCCGGGGACAGCUCCGAUUGGCUCUCCGCCUCGCCUUCGUCGUCCUCUGACGCAGCAGUGGUGCCACUGUCGCCGAGCACGCCGGAGCAGCGGCGGCGGCAGGACGCGGGCGUUUCGCCGCCGGGCGAGAAGCGGCCGGCGACUCCAGCCUUCAUCGGCGCACCCUGGGGCAAGUUCGCCGCCGAGAUCCGUGACUCCACGCGCAGGGGCGCCCGCGUGUGGCUCGGCACCUUCGACACCCCCGAGGCCGCCGCGCUCGCCUACGACCAGGCCGCCUUCUCCGCGCGCGGCGCCGCCGCCGUCCUCAACUUCCCCGUCGAGGGCGUGCGGGAGUCGCUGGCGGCGCUCGCGCUCGCCGGCACGGGCGCAGGCGGCGGCGGCUGCGGCUCCCCCGUCCUCGCGCUGAAGCGGCGGCACUCGAAGCGCACGCGCAGGCGGAAGCAGCAGCUCUCCCCCGCGACGGACAGCGGCGGCAGGAACCAUGUCAACCCGCGGCGGCAGCCGGAGAGCCACUGCGCCGACGCGCCCGCCGUGCCGGUGCCGGAGCCGGAGCAGCGGGUGGCGGCGCGCUGCCAGUGCCACUGCCGCGGCGGCGGAGUCGUGGAGCUGGAGGACCUCGGCACCGAUUACUUGGACGAGCUCCUCCGAGUGUCGUCGGAGUCGGAGUGUUCGUUGAUACGCUGAGAGCAUUGGCGCCGGUCACCGUCGCCGUCACCCUCACAACGCUCCAGCACUAUCCAGCCACUGCCAUUGCACGGCGACCCGAC